AUGAGUGCGGGUUUGAAGUACUGUCGAGGUGAAAUUUUGAGCAGUGAUCAUUGGUUAAUGCUAUUCCGAAUAUUGGGUAUGCCAAAAGGUACAACGUUGGAACAUUUGCGUUUUGGUGAUUUUCUGAGUGUUCACAAAAUGAUCAAUGAAAAUUUGGAGGCAUUGAAAAAUUUGAAUGAACGAGCCCAAGGAGAAAUUACUAUUCGUGAAGCCAUUCAAGAGCUUGAACUUUGGGCCGAACAAGUAAAAGAUAGCGAAGCGUUACUACAAUCACUAAAAAAUUCAUCAUAUUAUGCUCAAUUCACUGAUAAAACUUCAAUUUGGGAAACACGAUUGGCUGACACUGAACAAUAUGUACAGUGGAUGAAUGAAAUACAGCGUAAAUGGAUUUAUUUGGAACCAAUCUUUGGUCGUGGAUCUCUUCCAUCCGAGGCAUCUCGUUUCAAUCGAGUUGAUGUCGAAUUUCGUAUCGUCUUAAAUGAUAUAGUUGAUGAUCCUCGUAUAGUCAGUUUGAGCACACGAAAUUCGUUGAAGCGUACGUUAGAACAAAUCAUCGAUCAACUUAAUCGUUGUCAAAAAGCAUUAAAUCAAUUCCUUGAGGAAAAACGGAGUGCUUUUCCUAGAUUUUAUUUCUUGGGUGAUGACGAUUUGCUAGAAAUGUUAGGUCAAUUAAUGAAUGCAACCGUAAUACAAGCACAUCUUAAGAAACUUUUCCAGGGAAUCCAUAAAGUUAUAUUUGGUAAUAAUGGUGAAACGAUAAUUGCAAUGGUUUCAAGUGAUGGCGAAAUUGUACAAUUAUCAAAACCAGUCAGAAUUGUCCCUGAAGUAGAAAAAUGGUUGCAAGAACUGUCUAAUGAAAUGAAGAAUACAAUUCGAAAACUUACCAUAAGCUGUGUUGCUGAAACAUCUCCUGACCCUGGGAAAUAUCCGUCGCAGGUUUUAUGUUUAUCGGAACAAAUUCGUUUUUGUGAAGGAUGUGAACGAAUUUUGAGCGGCAGAGGUGAUUUGCAAAGUUAUCGGAAGCAGCUAAAACAAACACUGACAAAUUAUAUUAAUUCAAAAACAACAGACCAAGUUUUAAAGCUUAAAUUGAAAGCGCUUAUAAUGGAUGUAAUUCAUAAUAUAAAUAUCAUCGAUGAGCUAAUCGACAAUUCACCCUGCUCUAAAUCGUCGUGGGUCUGGCAGAAGCAGCUACGAUUUUAUCUGGAAUCAAAGGAGUAUGUGGUAAUACGGCAUAUUGGUACACGAUUCGAUUACACUUACGAAUAUCAGGGUAAUGCGCCAAAAUUGGUUCACACUCCUCUCACUGAUAAAUGCUACUUAACUCUUACACAAGCAAUGUCAAUGGGUCUUGGUGGCAAUCCAUAUGGUCCUGCAGGCACCGGAAAAACUGAAUCUGUAAAGGCAUUAGCAAAUUUAUUUGGACGACAAGUUCUGGUAUUUAAUUGCGAUGAAGGAAUUGAUAUCUACUCAAUGAGUCGCAUUUUUAUUGGUUUGGUUCAAUGUGGUGCAUGGGGCUGUUUCGAUGAAUUUAAUCGUUUAGAUCAGACAGUGCUUUCGGCUGUAUCAAUGCAAAUUCAGGCCAUUCAAGAUGCAAUAAAAUCACGGUCAGGAAAAUGUAUGCUAGCAGACCGAGAUAUCCCUGUAGAUUUAAAUUCAGCAAUAUUCAUAACACUGAAUCCAGCAAGUAAGGGAUAUGGUGGACGACAGAAAUUACCGGAUAAUCUUAAGCAGUUGUUUCGUCCGAUUAUUAUGUCUGUUCCGGAUAAUGAACUUAUCGCAGAAACACUUUUGAGUUCAGAAGGUUUUUGUGACGCAAAGAAAUUAUCACGGAAGCUGGUAUCAAUCUUCGACUUGAGCAAGGAAAUGUUAAGCUCGCAGCAGCAUUAUGAUUGGGGCUUGAGGGCAUUAAAAACAGUAUUGCGCAGUUGCGGUAAUUUGUUGGUUAACAGACUGGAUAAAAAUGAAGUUCAAGUGGUUGUUGAUGCACUGAUGUUGAACACAUUAUCAAAGCUUACCUUUGAAGAUUCAAAACGUUUUAGUACCCUUAUCGAUGAUAUAUUUCUAAAUGUUAAAAAAGACACCAUGCAGAUUGAAGAACUGCUAGAACCACUGAAAUUGGUUGCUGGUGAAUUGAAGAUAACAAUUACUGAUAUACAGAUGAAAAAAAUAUUUGAAUUGUAUGAUCAAAUGCGACAAAGAAUGGGUGUAAUACUGUUAGGGCCGAGUGGUUCAGGCAAAUCAACCAUAUGGAAAGUACUGCAAAAAGCUAUGGCAUUAGUAAAUAAGCAAGUAAAAAUUUAUCGGAUCAAUCCAAAAUCAAUUGCAAAACAAAAACUUUUGGGAUACAUGGAUAUGGAUACACGUGAAUGGUUUGAUGGGGUAUUAACAACAGCUGCUCGCGCAGUUAUCAAAGAUAACAGUGCAUCAGCAUGGAUUAUUUGUGACGGUGAUAUUGAUCCGGAAUGGAUUGAAGCACUCAAUUCGGUGCUUGAUGAUAAUCGUCUACUUACAAUGCCAUCUGGUGAGAGAAUUCAGUUUGGAUCUAACGUUAAUUUCAUUUUUGAAACCGACAAUCUCAGUAACGCUUCCCCAGCAACGAUUUCUCGGAUGGGUAUAAUACUUGUCAGCGAGGAGGAUAUUGGUAUUCAGGAGCUGGUCAAUAAUUGGCUUAAAGAGUAUAAUGAUGGUCAUCCAGAUAUGUCCAAUUGGAUAUGCGAUCAUUUAUACAGGUGCCUGGAUUGGAUUUGGACGAAAGGAGUUAUUGAAAUUAGUGUAAGUAAAACUGCUGCAGUGAAAAAUGCAUUGAGUCAUUUGAGAGAUGUGACAUCAUGCGACGAAUUUCUGGUAGCAUUAUAUCGUGGAUUAGCUCCAAAUCUCAGCCCAAAAUCCCGAAAUCAAUUCGCUACUGAGGUUGUAUUCAAUGAAAUAAGCUUACCAGAUAAGCAAAAUCCUGGAAAUGUUUAUUAUGAUAAGCGAGCAAGAUCACUGCUAACUUAUACAGAUGAAAUAAAUAUGACAAAUAACAAUGACCAAUUACUAAGUCUGGAACGGCCUCCCUACAUUUUAACUGCUAAUGCUCAAGCUAAUCGUGAUACUAUUUGCUCAUGGUUGAAUAAUCGUAAUAGACAACCUUUCAUAAUAUAUGGUCCAGAUGGUUGUGGGAAAGAAAGCUUGCUACGACACUGUUUAGAAUUGGAUCCAAAUGGUCAAAUAGCUAUACUUCACUGUAGUGCUCAAACAGGAUCUCAGCAAGUAGUGGAUUUGUUGCAUCAGUAUUGUGUGCAAAUUAGUAGUGCAUCUGGAAGAGUACUUAAACCGAAAGAGAAGCAAAAUUUGGUUUUCUACAUAAAAGCAAUUAAUGUUGUGAAGCCCGACAAAUGGGGUACUUGUGAAAUAAUCGCUUUCUUGCAACAACUUCUCACAUAUGAAGGAUAUUAUAAUGAAAAAUUAGAAUGGAUCUCUCUGGAAAAUAUUCAAUUAGUUUUAUCGAUAACGCUGGCUAAUGAUGAAGGUCAUUAUCUGCUACCAUCACGUUUUGUUUCUUUGCUUAGAAUUUGUACAGUUGAAUAUCCUACGAAGGAAGAGCUUGUCACUAUUUACUCCUCAUAUCUGACACUUUUAGUGAAAGACUCGAGCGAGACAUUGAGGUAUCGAUCAAAUGACUUAGCAAACACCAUGGUGCACCUGUUUAAUGACGUGAGAAAUGCAUUCAAGUCAACUGAUAACGCACAUUACGUGUUCACGCUGAAAGAUUUAUCAAAUUGGGUAUUUACCCUUACAAGAUACGAUAUUACUGGUACUAAUGCUAGUGAAAAAUUUUUGUGCUCCAUGCUCUAUGAAUUUCGGCGAAUUUUCAAGGAUCGCUUGAUAAAUAAUGAGCAUAAACAGAGAUUGGAGGACAUUAUCAACAAUAAUUUGUCAUUAACUGCAGUACGCAAUGAUGAAGGUUUCACGGUCGAUAGUGAGUUGAAAACUGACCUUGCGCUUUCAGAUAACUUAUAUAUAUCAGCCCCAGGAGCUGUUUCAAUAAAAUUGCUGAAAGGUACGCCAUUGUCGCUGGUACCACGUAAAGAGUACGCCAAACUUUUGCAGCAAGCAGUUAACCGAUAUGGAGGUUCCUUAUUGCUAGCUGGAAGAGCUGGUAUGGGAAGACGUGAAGCUGCAUCGCUUGUCGCCAACAUGCAUCAAAUGCCCGUGUUCUCGCCUAAGUUGACAUCGUCUUAUGGAAUCAAACAGUUCAGAAAUGAUUUAAAAACGGUCAUGCAGGAUGCAGCAAUAAACGGUAAACAUAUUGUUUACAUUGUUGAAGAUUAUCAAUUACUACAUGAUGCAUUUUUGCAAUCGAUAAACUCAUUGUUGUCAUCUGGUGAUCUUCCUGGAUUAUUUAGUGUCCAAGAAUUCGAUAGCUUUUUGAUAAACUUACGUGAACAAGCUUCAGAAGACGCAUUUCAAGGCGACUUAUAUUCGUAUUUUGUUAUGAAAGUAAAAGCAAACUUGCAUAUCGUCCUCAUUUUAAAUGUUGAUGAUGCAAAUUUUGCCAUAAAAUGUUCAUCAAAUCCGUCAUUAUAUAAAGAAUGUUCGAUCAUUUGGAAUGAAACAUGGAGUAAGGAUGCUUUGGCACAGUUGUCGAAAUUAAUUUUAUCGCGGCAUGAUAUCAGAACACCAAAUGAUAUAGUAAUAGCUUUCGGGCAAAUCUAUCAUCAGUGCCCAUCCGAAAUAGCACCGCCAGCAAAAUAUAUCCGAUUCAUUGAAAACUAUGUUUGUAUUCUCAAUAGAAAAAGAACCGCUAUUGAAACACGAUCUAACAGGCUUAAGGCCGGAAUUGGUAAACUAACGGAGGCGCGUGAAUCUGUUUCCAGCAUGCAAAAAAAAGCUGCCAAGAAGAGUAAAUUAUUGGCUGAAAAACAAGCCGAUGCAGAUAUGGCACUGAAGGCGAUAUCACAAAGCAUGACGGAUACAAAUUAUCAACGAUCAGAUAUGGAGCAACUCAAAUUGGCAACCGUGAAGGAAAAUGAAAGGAUUGAAAAGAAAAAACGUUUGAUCGAUGAACAGUUACGCGAGGUGGAACCUAUGCUGCGUGAAGCUCGUGAAGCAGUUGGUUCUAUUAAGUCAGAGAGUCUAUCUGAAAUUCGAAGCCUACGUGCUCCACCGGAAGCAAUCCGAGAUAUUUUACAAGCUGUAUUGUUAUUUAUGGGUAUUUUUGACACAUCCUGGGAAGCGAUGAGAAAGUUUUUGGCGAGAAAUGGAGUCAAAGAUGAAAUAAUUAAUUUCGAUGCCCGAAGAAUUUCACCUGAUGUUAACAAAAAGGUUUCCGCUCUUGUAAAAAGCAAACAGUCAUCGUUUGAUCCAAAGAAUGCGAAGCGAGCAUCAGCAGCAGCAGCGCCGUUAGCUGCAUGGGUAUGCGCAAAUUUAGAUUAUUCGACAAUUUUGGAACGUGUUGCUCCAUUGCAAAAAGAGAAAAAUGAUUUGAUUAAGAAUCUAAACGAAGCCGAGAAGCAAAUGGCAAAAUUGUCGAAAGGUUUAGAAACGGUUGACGAACGAGUUACUGAGUUGAAGCAUAACUUUGAACUCCAUAUGAAAGAAGCAACGCAAAUAAAGAUUGACUUAGAUAAGCAACAGGCAAGCUUAUAUCAUCUUUAUUUGAAUUGUCCUUUCCGAAAAACAAUUUCUGGACAAGAUAAUGAAGCACAAGAAACGCUUAAUGUCGCUGGAACUCUUAUAGAUAGACUUAGUGGUGAGUAUGAGAGAUGGCAAAUGCAAAUCGGCAAUUUGCAAAGUGAACUUGAUUGUCUGGAAAAGGGUUCCCUUCUGUCUGCUGCCUUUGUGACGUUUCUGGGUUCAGAAUCCGAACAAUUGAAUUGGAGUAACAAAGGACUUCCAACUGAUGCACUCUCACAAGAGAAUGCCAUGAUUUUAUUCAAUACUAUGGAAAUACCCGUAAUCAUCGAUCCUAGCGGGCGUGCAUUAUCAUUUCUUGAGAAACAUUUGAAAGAUAAGCAAGUAGAGAAAGUGAACGCAAAUGAUUCUAAUUUUCUUACUCAGGUUGAACUCGCUGUUCGUUUUGGCAAGAUUUUACUCAUUGAUGAUGCUAAUAGAAUUGAACCCACUCUCAUGAAUCUUCUUCGGAAAGAGUUUUCGAGUCAAGGACUACGACAUAUUGUUCAAAUUGGUGAGAAAACUGUUGAUUAUAAUGAUAAUUUUCGAUUGUAUAUCUGUUCCAAGAAUCAUUUAUUGCAGUUGGAUCAAACAUCUAAGGCAGCGGUUGCUUUAAUAGGUUUCAGUAUCACACAAACAGGCCUUGCAUCGCAAAUGCUCGGAUUAGCAAUACAAAUUGAAAAACCGACCUUGGAAACGCGUUUGAAUGAAUUGACCAGUAGUGUGGAACAGAUGAAAAUUAAACUUGAUGGCAUUGAACAAUCACUUCUCCAAACAUUAGCUUCAUCCGAAGGAAGUCUACUAGAUAAUGCUGAUUUAUUGGAUUCCUUGAAUAAAAGCAAAGAGAAUGCAGAGACGAUUGCAGCAUCACUAGCUGAAGCUGACAAAUUGCAAAAACAACUUGUUAAGGAAAAGGAUGCAUAUCGACCGCUAGCAGAAACUGCAAGUAAUUUAUAUUUCAUUAUUCACGAUUUACACAAACAAGACCCCAUGUAUAACUUUAACCUCAAUACUGUAAUAAACUUAUACAAUCGUACAUUCAGCAAAGUUAAGGAAAGUACGAAUGCCGUAGGACGAAUGGAAAAACUGCGACGGAUACUUCAACAUACUGUUUAUGAACAUAUAACACGUGCAGUUUUCAAAAAAGAUCGCUUGAUGUUUUCUCUGCGGUUUAUUCAUGGAAUACAACCAUCUCUCUUCGCACAAAAUGAAUGGGAAUUAUUUACAGGUUUGAUUGUUAAUGAUGCUACAGCUUAUUCCACGGAAGGAAUUGACUGGAUUAGUAAUGAACAAAAAACCAAUGUUGCUAAAUUGCAGAAAUAUUUGCCGACAUUGUUUAACAAUCUUCGUUUUACGGAUCAAGGAUUGUGGAAUGAAUUUGCUCGCACAGUAAAUUGCGAAACAGCAUUUCCACCUGCUAUCGAUACAGUUAUAACACCGUUCCAGAAAUUGCUCGUUAUCCAGGCAGUUCGGCCAGAAAGACUUUAUUCAGCUAUAAUCAGCUUUGUAACUAACGUAUUAGAAGUCCCUUCAAUCAAUCCGUCUCCACUAGAUCUGAGGUCAAUCUACAAGUCAGAAAGCAAUGAAAAUGAGCCGAUCAUGAUACUCAUUAGUCCUGGGGCAGAUCCUUCACAGGAACUGGAAGAAUUGGCUCGAAAACAAAUAUCUAAAGCGAAAUUUUAUCAAAUUUCGAUGGGCCAAGGACAACGUCAAGCAGCCGUUGAAGCAAUUCGUAUAUGUUCAGCAAAUGGUGGUUGGGAAUUUUCGACGUCGAAACGAAAUUCCGGUUUUCGACUAUGGUUAACUUCCGAGUCAAAUGAGCAUUUCUCACCACAGUUACUGCAAACUUCAUUGAAAAUUGUUUACGAAACACCACCUGGAAUCAAGAAUAAUAUGAAAAGGAUUUAUGCCCAAUGGCAACAGUCUGAUCUUAAUUUUAAUGCUGUUUGUUUGCAAAGCUUAUUUAUAUUAGCUUGGUUACAUGCACUUCUGCAAGAGCGACGAAUGUUCAUACCUGAGGCUUGGUCAAAGUUUUAUGAAUUUAGUAACAGUGAUCUGCGAGUAGCCAAGAAGUUUGUUGAAAAUGUUACAAAAGAUGAUAAAGCUACUGAUUGGCAAUUAUUACGUGGCCUAAUGCAAACUGUUGCAUAUGGUGGACGUAUUGACAAUAAUUUUGAUAUGAACGUUUUGAUUGUUUAUUUGAAACGGUAUUUUAAUUCAUCUGUUAUUGGUAUAAAUGGUCCUAAAAUUGUGCACAAUAUUUCUGUCCCAUUUUCAAGCAGUAUCACGGAUUAUAUUAACAUCAUCAAUACAAAUAUACCUGAAGAGGACAAUCCGGUGUUGUUUGGUUUACCUUCAAAUAUAAGUACUGCACGUGAAAUGGCGGAAACGAAUAAAACAAUUCGGCAAAUACGUAACAUGCAAAUUGCUGUUGCCAACGAAGUUACAUAUGACAGGAAUGCAUGGAAUAAAGCUUUAAACCCAAUUUUAACGCUUUGGAAACGACUCAAUUCCCAAUCAACAUUACACUCCAUGAAUGUACCACUGGCACGGCAUACUGAUGAUCUUAUUCUAGAAAUUAUUUCUCUGGAAUAUGUUCAUGCGAUAAUACUGGUUCAAAAAGUGCAUAAAUUCCUUGGUGCAAUAAGUAAAUAUUUACGUGGUAUUCAGUCGCUCACAUCAGAAAUUGCUAGUAGUGCACAGGCAUUAAUGAUGCAUCAAACACCAGAAAAAUGGCAAGAAGCAUGGAGAGGUCCAUCGGAUCCAGCUCAGUAUUUGUCAGUUUUAAUACAUAAAGCUAAAUCAAUAGAAGAAUUAUCACGUAUCAAUGACAGUCAUAAAAUAUUAGCUAAUCCAAUCAGACUUGGCAGUAUUUUUCGACCUACUGCUUUCUUAAAUGCUUUACGGCAACUAACCGCAAGGAAAAAACAUAUGUCUAUGGAUCAAUUGAAAUUGGGGACUGCAUGGAAUGCUGCAUUUCUGAAAAAUGAAGAUGUAAUGGAGGUAUCCGGAAUCCAUAUUCAAGGAGCUUUAUUUGAAGAACAUAUCGUUGAAACAAAGCAAACAUCACCCACUGUUACAACAGUUCCGAAUCUGUACAUUGCUUGGAUAUCUGCUGAUGCUCCGGAUGUGUAUGAAAGAGAUAAAUCAAUAGUUGUACCGCUUUAUGCAACACUUGAACGAAACCAGUUAGUUGCCGAAGUUCAGAUGCCGUGCACCAAAAAUUCGGACAGAUGGAUUGUUGCUUCAGUUGCAUUGUUUUUAUCAAAUCAGUAG